GAUAAUGAGCUUCUCAAGCUAUGGCCCAGCUGCAGAGAAAAAAACAAAGAAGAAGAAGACGGAAAGCGGAAGUUACAUCAAAUGUUGUCAUGGCGUCUCACAUGUAAACGAUCAAGACAAAUUUUGAUAAAACACUGUUUCUGGAAUUUUCAAGAUUGAAGCUACUAAACCUACUCUCGGACCACCAGGACCAAACAAUGAGCACUCAAUACAGCAUUCUGUUCAAGCAAGAACACGCCCAUGAUGAUGCCAUCUGGACAGCAGCGUGGGGUAAAAGUGAAGCGGAUGGCUCAGAAACCAUCAUCACUGGAUCACUAGAUGAUAUGGUGAAAGUCUGGAAGUGGUCAGAUGAGAAGCUGGAGCUGCAGUGGACUCUGGAGGGACACCAGCUGGGCGUGGUGUCAGUAGACAUCAGUCACAACGGAGCCAUCGCUGCCUCCAGCUCCCUCGAUGCACACAUCCGCCUCUGGGACCUGGAGUCUGGAAAACAGAUCAAGUCUAUGGACGCAGGCCCAGUUGAUGCCUGGUCGGUCGCCUUCUCCCCUGACUCUAAAUACAUCGCCACAGGAAGCCAUCAUGGCAAGGUCAACAUCUUUGGUGUGGAAAGUGGCAAGAAGGAAUAUUCUCUGGACACUCGAGGGAAAUUCAUCCUGAGUAUAGCCUACAGCCGCGACGGAAAGUAUUUGGCCAGCGGAGCUAUCGACGGAAUCAUUAACAUCUUUGACAUCGCGACAGGAAAACUACUCCACACACUGGAAGGUCACGCCAUGCCCAUCAGAUCCCUCACCUUCUCCCCAGACUCUCAGCUCCUGGUCACGGCCUCCGACGACGGCUACAUCAAAAUAUAUGAUGUGCAACACGCCAAACUGGCAGGCACACUGAGCGGACACGGAUCCUGGGUUCUUAAUGUGGCCUUCUCUCCGGACGACACCCACUUUGUCUCGAGCUCGUCUGACAAGAGUGUGAAGGUUUGGGACGCCAGCUCCAGAGCAUGCAUCAACACCUUCUUCGACCAUCAAGACCAGGUGUGGAGUGUAAAGUACAACAGCAGCGGCUCAAAGAUCAUCUCUGCUGGGGACGACCGCGCCAUCCACAUCUACGACUGUCCCAUGUGAUGAAGGGCAUCCUGAACAAGGCUGCACGAGGAGAGGUUCUCCAAAGCUCUCGACUCACAUCUCAAAGUCUAAUUUGGUAUUUUGGGUGGGGAGGGAUGGAAGGAUGGAGGGGGGGGGCAGAAUUCAAGCUGUAAAUGUCAUGGAUUGUUUUGCACUGGCCGAGCACGGUCAAAUAAAAAGGUCUGUUUUUGUACUUUGGUUUCUGUUUUUUUCUGUUUUGAGUUUGGGUUGAGCCUCAAACUGAACAUCGUCAAGUUUCAGAUAAGAGAAGUGAUUUGACAGGAAGCCCCAGAAGAGACAGGAUGAGUCAAAAAUGUGUCAGAUUCUUUCUCCUUUUUCACCUUUAUGAGGAAGUAAGUCCAAACUUUUAUUUAGUGCUUUCUGUCGUUAAGUUCACACAGGUUUUCUGUUCUAUGUUUUUCUGACUUCUCUAAUAACUCCUUACUGCAGUUUGUCAGUUUUAAAAGCAUCAUGUUAUGAGUUUUUGCAGACUACAGUGAUUGUUAUGCUUCAGUUUUGUCACUGAUGAAACCAACAACUUUGUAUUUGCUGGACUGUGCUUCCGAUUCUAAUGCUGGAUGCUCAGGUACAUUAGUAUCUGAACUUUUUUGUGACCCAUGAUGUUAGAUAACAGUCUGGGACGCGAGUAAGAAGAAAUGCUAGCUUUAGAGGGAUGUUGCUUCAGCAGUGUAUCCAUCAAGUAUGAUCUGAUGCUCCCUCCAGUGGCCCGAAAGGUAAACUGCAACUUCAUAACAGCCUGACUUGUUUCCUGGAAUCUAAUCCUAGUAAAUAUUUAUUUGUUGGGAUCAGUGCUUUAUUAUAAUGACUUGACAUGUCAGAAUAAUAGCAGAGAAAAUGUGUUUUGUUUUCUUUCAUCAAAGUUUACACGCACUUACAUUGCCUUGAAAUUGCCAUGCCAAUAUUUAGCCUCUGUUCAUCUGAAAACAUUUUGCAACAGCUUUGGAAGUGAAGUAUCCCUGGGGAAAAUGCACCAUGUAGAUGUCCUUACUGACUAACCAAAACUAGAGUUUAACAUGAAAUCCGUUUUAAUGGCUUUACCUAAGUGCAUGUAAAACUUUGACAUCGUCGUCUUGAUAAAGUACAAAUGAAGUGACCAACCACU